AUGGGCGGGAGAGUGGAAGCAAACCCAAGCCCGGAGGACAACCAAGGUGAUUGCUAUGUAAUAAUUCAGAUAUGGCUUGGUCGCUCACCAUCACAGCAACGUACCGCGAUACUGGCCAGAGCCACAGUUCUCCAGCCAUCCCCAGCCCGUCUACAGUACCUCCCCAAACAGUGCGAGGAACCCAGUGUUUCCUCGCCCAAGGUGAGCAUUGCCCAUUCAGACAAGAACGCACUCCUGAUCUAUCGCAGUCCGCCCUCCAACUAUGUCCCUGCUCCUGGCCCCGUAAGGGCUCCAGCGCGCCAACCAGUCCAACACCCACCAGUUCAGCCUGCUGGCCCGGGCAUGGAAACUUACGGCUCCGCCCAAAGUCCAAUUCAGCAGACAACUUCGCGUGUCCAGUCUUCUAAUGUACCCCGUGGAAAUGACCCGCCGCUCACAGGUAGACCGAUAACAAACGCAUCUACUUACGGCGCCGGUCAAGCCGCUAAGGGUGACACUGUGGAAAGCCUGCUCCCAAGGAUCGGCAACAUCGAUCUUCAAAGCCCGCAAAGGCCUGACCAGAAUAACGUGCCGGGGGCUAAUCAACAACCUCAGGGCACCAUUUCGCGUGCCCCAGCAAAGGGUCAACCCGAAACAACGCCGAGAAAGUACUCUGUGCCAGCCGAAGCAACCUUCUUCCACCAAGAUCCGACCCAGCUGGAUGGAAGAUACGUUGUCAGGCCUUCAUCCUUUUACGUCGUCGGCAGAGUAUUUGCCGUGCUCUGGCAUGAGGGCUACAACACCGGGACCUCUCAAAAUACCUACAUCAGUGACAAUAAUGACAACAAAGUUCAAGUCAGCACCGGACGGUACAACGAGCCCAUCUACAGCUCGAUUCGCCGGAUGGUCGUUGUCCGCCAGGAUCGGGGUUACUGCGUGUGCCUCCAGAUCAACACUUACGGCAACCGUGGCCUUUCCAAGUUUGGGCGCUCUUCGGAGGAUGUUGAGGCGCAUUCGCGCAUCUUCAUGGUCGGCACGGAGCCCAAAUGGCUCGACAGAGAAAUCCUUAUCUCGAGCAAGCGGGACAUCGCCGUCAAAAAGGCGAGUCCCGAGCAGAGACUGUCGGUUGCGAGUCGUCUCUGUUAUGGCCGAGUCCACACCGUGGAACAUACAGUCAAAUCGAUGGACGUCGGGCAGGUCACGGACGACGCGCUACCGUACUUGCAGAUUUAUUUCCGAGACCGCCAGAAUCGGAAUGUCAGGUAA